CAGCUCGGAGCCAGCUGAGCUGCGGGUCAGAGAGCGAGCAGAUCUGCGAGUUCACACACCGGAGAGAAAGAGGAAAGUUAGCGGCAAAAACAGCCUCUAAUACCCGGCCUGAGAGAGGCUUUCUGCGGGGAGAGGCGGUACAAUCCUCGGCAGUGUUCUGAGACUGUACGCCCCCAAUCCUCCAAUAACUGUCACUUCAUGGACUAAUAAAACUCCUGUCACUUCAAAAACUAACUAAAGUUGGACCUACUUUUGUCUGCGGAGGGAUUUACUGCACCAACAUGACUGCUGAUAAGGAGAAAAAGAGGAGCAGUUCGGAGCGUCGUAAGGAGAAGUCUCGCGACGCGGCUCGCUGCCGGAGGAGCAAAGAGACGGAGGUGUUCUACGAGCUGGCCAAUCAGCUGCCUCUCCCUCACAGCGUCAGCUCCCACCUGGACAAGGCCUCCAUCAUGAGGCUGGCCAUCAGCUUCCUGAGGACCCACAAGGUGCUGAACACAGGCUGCAGCAGCGUUAGAGACAGCGAGGAGGACGGACAGAUGGACAGUUUGUACCUGAAGUCUCUGGAGGGCUUCAUCACCGUGGUAACGUCCGACGGGGACAUGAUAUUCCUGUCGGAGAACAUCAACAAGUUCAUGGGGCUCACGCAGGUGGACAUCACUGGUCAGAGCAUCUUUGACUUCACCCACCCAUGUGACCACGAGGAGAUCAGAGAGAAUCUCAACCUGAAGACGUCCGGAAGUGGUUUCCGUAAGAAAGGCAAAGAUCUGAACACGGAGAGAGACUUCUUCAUGAGGAUGAAAUGCACCGUGACCAACAGAGGACGAACCGUCAACCUCAAGUCAGCCAGCUGGAAGGUGCUUCACUGCACGGGUCACCUGAAGAUCUACACCAGCGUUCCUCCUCGUGUUCUGUGUGGCUUCGCUGAGCCCCCGCUCACCUGUGCUGUCCUGAUGUGUGAACCCAUCGCUCACCCCUCCAACAUCGACACGCCGCUGGACAGCAAGACCUUCCUGAGCCGACACAGCAUGGACAUGAAGUUCACCUACUGCGACGACAGGGUGACAGAGUUGAUGGGAUACACUCCUGAUGAUCUGAUUGGUCGCUCAGUCUACGACUUUUAUCACGCCUUGGACUCAGACGGCGUCACCAAGAGUCACAACAACCUGUGCUCUAAGGGGCAGGCGGUCAGCGGUCAGUAUCGAAUGCUGGCGAAGAACGGAGGCUACGUGUGGGUGGAGACGCAGGGAACCGUUAUUUACAACAGCCGUAACUCCCAGCCUCAGUGCAUCGUCUGCAUCAACUACGUCCUCAGUGACAUCGAGGAGAAGUCGAUGAUUUUGUCUCUGAAGCAGACCGAGUCUCUGUUUAAGCCGCGACACAUGAGCAGCUUCUUCACCGCGGGGGGUGCAGGAGUGAGUGGAGAGCCCGGUGACUCUCUGUUCAACAAACUGAAGGAGGAGCCGGAUGAGCUGGCCCAGCUGGCGCCAACACCCGGAGACACCAUCGUCACCCUGGACUUUGAUUGCCCUGCGUUCGAGGAGCCUCCGCAGCCUGGAGGAUACACCCAGGUGUCGGCUGCAGCUAUGCCCCUUCCUGGACCUCCUUCCUGGGCCAUCGAGAGCCACAAGCUCUCCCCCCCGGCACCACUUCAUAGAGAAAUGUCCAACAUGGUGGGACCGUUCACCGUUCAUCAGAAUCCUCAUCCAGGCAGCAACACCCCCACCCUGAGCAGCUGCUCCACGCCCAGCAGUCCAGGAGAUUACUACACCUCUCUGGAGAGUGACCUGAAGGCGGAGCUGACGGAUAAACUGUCUGCUCUGGAGACAGAGGGCAGCGACAGCUCUGCAAACACUGAAGUGCCUAGGGACCUGAGUGAUUUGGACCUGGAGACGUUGGCUCCGUACAUCCCGAUGGACGACGAGGACUUCCAGCUGCACCCCAUCAUCCCCGAAUCUGAUUCCAUGGAGGGGGGGUCCAACAUCCUGCAUUCCACCAAACCCGCCAAACCCAGUUUCAGCAACAUCGCCAGCCUCUUUCAGCCUCUUUCCUCCCCCCAAAACCCACCGGGAAACUUCCAGCAUCAGGCCGCAUUAUCCUUGGCUUCAGAGGGGGAAAGGGGCUCCAGAAUAGGAGGGUCUUACAUGAAUAAUCCCUCCUAUCAGGCUCCAGCCACUACCAGCACCCCUCUGUCCUCCAUGGGGGGCAUGCAGAAUCUGCAGUGGCCCCCAGACCCUCUGUUAGCCUGCCAACAACAACAACAGGCGUCCAAGGUCUACCUGAGGGAGCCGUUGUUGAGAGAGGAGAGGCCAUCAUGCCAGCAGAGCAUGUCUCACCUGAUGCAGAAACAGAGGUCUGUUGAUAACUUUGUGCAGGCCUACAGAGACAUGAGUCCAGCCAGAGUGGCCAUGGCCAACAGCAUCAAGCGCUCCUUCAAUCAGAUGGCUGUGGGCGAGGGUCCUACGUCAGAUUGUAUGUGGAAGAAAAUGAGGGGUGACAGCAACAUGGAUCGCUCCCUCAGUGCAGGAUCACUGGCAGCGUCAGACAUGGAGAGGAUGAUGUCUUCACGUCUGCAGCAACACAGGAAGUCUCAGUUUCCAGGAAACGAGAAACUCUUUUCCCAAAAGAGCUGCAACUUCUCACCGUACAACCUGCAGCCUUCCAGCAAGAGCCAGGGGAUUGCAAGCCGUCUGCUGGGCCCUUCCUUCGAGGCGUCUUGCCUGCCGGAGCUGACCCGUUACGACUGUGAGGUGAACGUCCCUCUGCAGGGGAACCUGUACCUGCUGCAGGGCUGCGACCUGCUGAGAGCCCUGGACCAAUCAGCCUAGAGAAUAAACAACAUAUACUUAAAGCCUUCUGAGGCUAGGCUACCUACAGGGGACGGUAUUCAUUACCCUGACUCAUCAUAGGACUCAAUCUGUCCCUCUAUAGUCCUGCAACAUCUUAAACAAGCUGAGCUAUCAGGGUCAAGCCACUUAAAGCCCCUUUUUCCUCUCGACUUAAAUCAGAUGAAACACAAAAGUAUUGAGCCGACCACCUAGACUACAAACACACAUAUGAUAUAAAACCAGGGUCACUCGGUGAACAAAUAUCAAGAAAAUAUCUCACAGAGUAAAUGGGAUGAAGCUCUCUCUGAUACCCUGAUGGUUCUAUGUGUUCAGAAACUCUGGCUUUUGGUGUAAAAUGUGUAAAAGUUUCCUGCUAAGGCUCAGCGAGACCCUGAUAUGAACUCUAUGCAGCUCAUUUACCUUCUCUUUCCCUGCACUUAGCUCAGAGGAGAAGUACUAUACUACCUAGACACCGUUUUCUUUCACUUUGUGUAUUUGACCAGCAAUUAGACAGAGCAUUUCCAGUAAUUAGACAGAGCAUUUCCAGCAAUUAGACAGAGCAUUUCCAGCAAUUAGACAGAGCAUUUCCAGCAAUUAGACAGAGCAUUUCCAGCAAUUAGACAGAGCAUUUCCAGCAAUUAGACAGAGCAUUUCCAGCAAUUAGACAGAGCAUUUCCAGCAAUUAGACAGAGCAUUUCCAGCAAAUAGACAGAGCAUUUCCAGCAAUUAGACAGAGCAUUUCCAGCAAUUGGACAGAGCAUUUCCAGCAAUUAGACAGAGCAUUUCCAGCAAUUAGACGGAGCCGCUCUCUCCCCUAGUCCCAGUCAAAGUCUCAAUCGAGAGUUGUUAAAUGGUUCUUAACUGUAGCCAUCUUUUUUAAAUUUGUAAUAAUUUUACAAAGCAUGUUCUUUGAUUGUGCAGAUUAACUCCCCAACAAGUAAAUGGGAUGGUUGAUAAAAGAUACAACUUCCAAAUCACACGACGUGAUUUCAGAACGUCGAAACUCAAGAAAAUAAAUAUAUUUCAGUUUUUAUUUAAUUUUCCAAAGAGAAACUGAUAAUUAGAAUCGAUAAGAAGAAUAUAAAUAAGACGUACAUCUGCACAAUCCUUUUCCACAAAUACAGAACUACUCAUUAUAGUUUUAAUAACAGAGUAUGAUUCAGACAAAGUACUUCUGUUUGGGUUUUUCACUCUACCUACCAGAUUCCUUUAUUGUGUUGGUGUCUCUCUCACAGACACACUAAUAAACAUAUAUUGCAAUACAUGUACUCUACUGUAAGUUCAAUACGUUUUAUUUGUCUAUCUUCUCUUCUUCUAAAACGUCUUUCACUUGGUCCACAGUCAGGUCAUGGAUUACAGGGUUAUUGUUCUCUUAUUGGGCAAUUAUUUCACUAAGAUGAUAUAGUCAGUAUCACAGCUUUUAUAGCCUUUUACACAAUUCUGAUUGCUUGUUGUUAGACUUACACUAUACAAGAAAAAGUACAUUUAAAGACUAUCUUAGGGGCAGCGCUGAGGAUAAAAGAGGAAGCAAUCUUUUAUUUUAGCUCUAUAUGUUGCCAUUAAUAGUCCAUCAGUGUUUUAGGCUACGUAACUAUAGAUCAAGUUUAGUUUCGCUUGUUUCGUCGUGUUAGUUCAACCGAAAAACAUAUAUUUCUCUUGGAGUUACCCUCUCUGUAACGCUGUUUAAAUGCAACUUGAUUAGACAAGUCUGCCGUGCAUUGCCUGAUUCAUUCAAUUGAAUUGAUCAAUCUAAAGAUAUUGCACACUGCAUAGCUGCAGCUUUGUUGGAUUACUUGAAUUCAGGAAAUAUAACAAACAUCGUGAACACUUUUAAUUAUGUUGUUGAUAAUUCCCAGAGGAAUACAAAUCAGUUCAAAAGCCAAAGAUAUUAAUUUAAAGAAAAGUUCCAAACAACAAUGUUAGCUGUAAUGUAAAGAAUGUGAGAUUUGCACUAAAUGUGCUAAAAGUCAAUGAUGUGUCACUUUAAGAUUCCUUAAACGGGAUAUAGAUGAGGCUCCGCCAACUUUCCGUUGAAAACAAAGAGUUGGUGCCAAGCUGAAAAUAUAGUUUAUCGUGCCUAAAAGCUGCUGUGUCGUGUAUUGCACAUUAAACAACAGAAAUGAUCCAGAAUUUAGAUUUUUUUAUACUUUCACUUCACAAAAAAGACAGUAUAUCUCAGCUAGUAAUGAUGCUAACGAUGCCCACGUCAAAGUAAAACGUCAACUUAAAACUCAAUGUACUGCAGUGACGCUGCAUUAAAAUAUGAAUGACUGACAAGCCAAGGACAUCUCAAUGUAAUUGUUAGCAACUUGUCCAUCAUUAGAUUGAAAGGAAAUCUAUCCCUUAUAUAUAUUUUAACGUAACCGUUUAAUUGUUUUGCCUGACUCACCAUCUGUUUAGUAGAUUUAAAAAUGCACAGUAUUCUUAAUAUUAGGAUAUGAUUGUUGUAAAACCUCAGAAUCUGCAUUUACCGCCAGUAAUAUCAACAAUGGAACACAAAAAGGGGCGGAGCCAUUAUGUAGAGGGAGAGUACUUGAGCCAAUCAGAGGGGUCGACCCAAAAAAAGAAGUCCUACUUGAAUAAAAAAAGCCACUUUAACUUUUGAUGAAUUAGCGCGGUGGAGGUCGCUCCAUCCCAAAAAACUAGAUGGUGUUUAGUAAAUAAUGUAGUCGUUCAUGUGUUCAUUAGCCUUAGUUUCAUGGCAGCCUUUAAAGAGUGACUUGAAAGUGUGUGUUUUAAACUUCAUGAUUAGGAAAAAGGCCAGUUUUUCUUGUAAUCCACGAGUAGCUGCCAAUAUCAGAAAGCUUUGAGAAUAUUAUCGUGCAAACUAGAAGCUUAAAUGAUAUAUAUUUGAUGAUAUGAUCUCCUCCGCAGUAUGCCAUCAGUGAAAACACUUCUGUUUCCUUUCAGUAUUUUUCCUAAAUCUCGCUCUACUUUCUGCAGGGUAAUCGUCUUCUGGUGAUGACCACGUAAGAGUAUGAAUUACAGAGCUUUGUUCACGUUACGUAUUUAAAGAGACAAUGUUGAAGAUAGUGUUUUUUAGUGUUUAUGUGUUCUGGUACUUUGUCCUUAUCUACCCUGUAGAUGCCGAUGGAUCAGAUCCUCAGUGCUGUUUCUGUGUUCGUGGCAUUUUGUUUUAUCCUCUAUCUCUCAAAUAUCUAUUGAAUGUGUUGGUUGGGCAGUUCUGUUUUUGUUCUUGCUUUUAAGACAUUAAAAAAAAAGAAAAAAGUUCAGAUUUAAACAUGAGUUUCACUUUUUCAGAUAUGUAGCAUUUUGAAUAUUGUAAAGAGGGUGAAGUUGCUUUAUACAUAAUUACAUAGUUGCUUAUAUAAAAAGCAAUGUUGCUUCAUAUACCAUGUAUGUGUCAUGUCUAGGACCUGUAUUACAUAUCUUGGAUCCAGUAACACUAUAUUUUGAUGUUCUCUGUUGUAUGUUGUGCUGACAUUUUCUUUAAAGUUGGUUUUAAUCUGUAAAAUGUGCCUUAUGGUUGUCUCAAAACAUGCCCUUCGAGCACCCAGUUUGUUCCCUUAACGUCUUCCUAUUCCAAUAUCAAAUAAAAUCUUAACUUGACAUUGUAUCUAGCAAUGAUAUGAAGUAUAAAGACAGAAACAGCUUUGCUUUUGUUGGCCUUUUGCACAAUGGGGAUACAAUGUCAUCAUUGGGAUGAUAUCACGAUAACCCCCUUAACUUUCGAAGACAAUCGCUCCUUUAUUCUAGUCUGAGAACAUCCAAUAAUAGCCAUGUUUAGAUGCAAGGAGAACCCGUUGUAGAUCCGCUGGUGAUGACCAGUCAAAAUGAGUGAGAGGUUUCAGAGGGAAUGGAUUCCCCAGCUCAUCGAAAGACCUGACAGUCUGUUUGGUGACGAAGCUGAUAGAGGGUUUUUCAGAUUAGUUGAAAAAGAAAAGAUUUGACUGUAGUUUAAAAAGUUCUCCUGCGAGAGUCAAAGGUCCAAAAAGUGCCCUGCAUGAGUGCUUUAAAAAUGCACAUGUGCACCAAAGCUUAAAAAACUCAUAACUUUACAAUCAGUGUCUUUAUUGGGAUGUAUAAAGAGACCUGGAUUCAGCGUUUGAGGCCUCCAUUCAAUUUUAGAGCAUUUUACAACUUUUAGACCCUUCAAAUAAGGGUUACAAAAGAGUUCGUACUGGGUUGUGGAUUUGGCUAGGGGAAAAAAAGUAUCUGCUGAUUUACAGACGUCCUUUUCCCAAUGUAAGUCAAUGGGGGAAUGUUUGUUUUUUUUACCCAAUGACAUCAUGGACUUUGACCUACGUGUAGUACCGCUGUUUGGCCACUACGAAAAUGUGCGUAUACGUCAAGCGCACUUUGUGGGUGCUUGCUUCAUUCAUGUUUUUGGCCAUAAACAUAUUAUUUGGCCCUUUUUCAAUUGCUGAAUUCAUUAGAGCAGGAUAAUCUGGAGACUUAAAAUCCUAUCAUAACUUCUGAAAAAAUUGUGUAGACGCCAGCUCAGGCACAUGGUGUUUAUUUGGAUUGCAGAUUAAUAUUUCUUCGGGCAGUGGGUGUGGACACAGUUUGGACAGUUAUAGGAGAUCUGAUAAAGAUUGAUGUUGAGUGAAAUGUAGAAAGAGAGAUCCUGCUCAGCCUGCCCACUGACGCAUAUCUCUCAGCUCCUCCACUCGACAUUCAACUCAUCAGUUUCCACCCUCACUCCCCUUUUACCUCCUGAUGUAUCAGCAAAUUACUUUAUAUACGAGCACGUUUUUAUUAUUGCUCAAAUUGAAAGUUCGUCCCAAGACCAAACACUGGCCAAAUUACUUUUUGUAGGAUUAUGUAAAGGAAGUCUAUGUCUGAUCAGACGUUGAUUUUCCAGAAAAGCCUCCUACAGCUUGUCCCAAAGCAAGUCCUUAGUAUUAUAAUUGCAGAUUUAAUGUAAGAUAUUAAAAAUGUCCUAAUCUGUCCCAGCACCAUAUUCUUUAUUUGAGAGAAAAGAGAUUUUAAGGCGAUGUAAAAUGAAAUAAAGGCACCUCAGAUUGACUUUUUAGCAACUGAUGAGAUUUUAACUAAAUUGGUUUAAGGUAUGUGGAAAUAGUUGGCUAGAUGGAAGUUUAAAAAUAUAAAAUCUAGGCAGAGAGGAAGUCCCGCCCCCAUUUGAAGCUAGCAUCUGCUCCACUAGAUCUAAAGUGUUGUCUAAAUGAACACACUUAUUUAUUUGGACCAAGAUAAUAACUACUUAUAUACAGUUGAUAUAGUCUUACAUUUUCUUAGGAGAUGUAGUUGUUUAUCUUAACCCUGUUGUAUCUUUGCUCAAUUGAAAAAACAUAAAACUUUUACUUUUCAAUUGUCACAUAAUACAUUCAAGUUUCUUAAAAUAUAGGCAGUUACCCAUAGGGACAGGUGUUAGUUAUUCAUAACAACUGGAUAAAGACAACUAUGAGCAAAAAAGCUAAUGCUAGUAGCACAGGCAAUUCAAAAAAUGGGCGUGGCUUCAGCUCAGAGAGGAUGUUCCGCCCCCUUUUGAAACUAGUUUCUGCUCCAAUAGAAGUAGCCUAUAUUUACCGGUAUAUAUCAAUGUUUCUUAAAAUAUAGAUACAUAACGAUAGGAACAGGUGGUCAGAGAAACUGAAUGAGCAAUAAAGCUAAUAGCACGAAUGCUAUUACAAAAAUGGGCGAGGCUUCAGCUCAGAGGGGAAGUCCCGCCCCCAUUUAUAGCUAGCUUCUUCUCCUCUAGAUUAUACGAGAAAAUGUAUAUUUACCAGUAUGUAUUAUUGUUUCUUAAAAUCUAGAUACAUAACAAUAGGAACCGGUGGUCAGAGAAACUGAAUAAAGAUAUCUCUCUGAGCUAAAAAGCUAAUGCUAGUAGCAUAGACGCUAACCUGAAAUGGGCGGGGCUUCAGCUCAGAGGGGAAGUCCCGCCCCCAUUUAUAGCUAGCUUCUUCUCCUCUAGAUUCUACGACAAAAUGCAAGUUUAUAUACCAGUGUGUAUUUUCGUUUCUUAAAAUAUAGAUACUUAACGAUAGGAACAUGUGUUCUGAGAAAUGCUAGUAGCACAGAUGCUAACCUAAAAUGGGCGGAGCUUCAUCUCUUUGUUUAAACACUAGAAAGCUUCUCACCAGUCGUAGUCCCAAACUCACUGUGCUGCUCGAAGGGUUUCCCAACAAAAACAAAUACAGAAUGUUUUCAGGAGGUAAUACCCAUAAUUCAUUGCACUUCCCCUUUACAAGAAGAUAUCAGCAUUUUGUCUUUCGUGUGGCAACAGGGUUUUUGUUUUUCCUCUUGGGAUCGAUAUUCUCGUAUUCUGUUUUUAUCUUCGUCAUACAGUGCAGUUAUAUUAGCUGAUUCGGCAUUUUUUUACAUGUUAAAAAUGCAUAUUGACCUUAUUAUUAUUAUUAUCAUAUACUGUUAUCAUUGUUAUGGGGAGUGUAACCCCAGUAAGAAGUUUGUGUUUCUGCACUGAUAUCUUAUUAUUAAAGCAUACUGAUUUCAUUUCAA